ACAGACCUAUCUCCUCGUCUCACCACCUAUGAUCCCUAUGAGGCGGCGCCGCCCCGAGUGCAUUACGUGGACAGUCUGGAGAACCUGGAUGAGAUCGGCACAGAUGCGUCGGAUACUGAUCGUAGCCGGGACCCCAUAGACUGGGGUGCAGACGUGCCCACCAGCGAGUCCUUUCCCCACCGGGUCUACACCCUG